AUGAAAUCGUUUAUGAGUUGCUAUCAGGAGAUUCGUUUUACCCGGCGCCGCUCACCAACGGUUUCUGAUCAUCAAAUCAAGAAUAGUGCUCCUCUUUUUAUCUUUUCCGAAGAGGUUCAAGAUGAAACUGACGAAUUAUACGGAAAUAAUACAUUUUUCUGUUUAGAUGAUAACGAUACAGAUUCUUUUAGUUCCCCUUCAAUAAAUUUUCAUCGUAGAACUCCAACAGCACCAAACUUAAUUCAUCUAACAACAAAUGAAAAAUCAACAAUAUUAAAACGGCCGAUACAACCUAUAUUCGAGAAUAAUGAUAAUAUAUCCUUAUUUCCGGAAUCAUUUCAACCUACUCCAAAGCCUGAGGACUUUUGCGUUUCACCUUGUGAAGCAUCUGAAGAGUUUUCAAGCUUAGUUAAUGAUAAGAAUAUUACGUUUUCUCCACGAGAAUUGGGAUUUAUACCCCGUCGAUUUUGGCCAAAUGAACGAAUUUUGCUUAGAGAUUUAGUCACAGAUUAUUUUCGAGCUGACCCGAGCCCGAAUUCAAGAUUUUCUCACAAGCUCUACAAUGCAUUGCAGAUUGUUAAGAAAGAUCCUUUCUAUUUCCUUUUAUUUGGCGUUGAAUGGAUGAAUGAAACUGUUCUGAAGGUAAAUGGGCCGUUAUUUUCAUGCGUUCUUGGUCUACAGAAUUAUAAAUACAACCUAUUCAGUCAAAAUGGCCAAAUGUCCAUUCACGGGUUUAUAGAAUUAAAUGAGAAGGAUGCUUUAGCUUAUUGCAAUGCAGAAACAUUACAAGACAUAGAUUUUAAUGAUUUCAGACUAUUCCUUCAUAAAGAUGGCAUCUUUAAUGCCAAUUCUAAUGAAAAUGAUAUAUUAUCUUGCCGAUGGGCAAGAGCGAAACGCGGAUAA